CUGGCUAAAUAAUACUCUGUGAUUGGCUGUUGCCCUAGCCAUCCGCAAAGCUGCCGGUGUGUAGACACAAUAAUGGUGGCACCCAUGACAGCAGCCGCCGCGGUGGAGGCCUCCCGCGGCCGGCGUGCCGCCUUCUCCAUUGCCCUCGUCGCUGCUGUGGUUGGGUUACCCCUCUGGUGGAAAACAACAGAGACUUACCGGGCGUCUCUACCGUACUCCGAGAUCAGCCAGCUGGGCCUCCUGCGGUUGCAGCUCACUGUCCCCAUUGAGGUGAUAUUUUCUAGAGGAACUUUGACAGCAGAACAGCAAAGGAGAAUACCUGCCUCAGAUUUGAAUGAGAAAGAGACUGUACUAAACUCUCAUACAAGUUUCAAUUGCCGAUAUGAGUUCAAAUACAGAAGGACAAGCAAUGAGGAGGAUGAGGUUCUGUCACUGCAGAGUCUGUCGGAAGUGGAUAAAGCUCUUCACCAGCUGAACAAAGGCUCACAGGGGUCUCUCUCACUGUAUAUUAUACCAGAAGCUACACACCUUUUCCCCCAGGGGGUCAAUGUCUACAUUGGGAAGCACAGAAGAGUCUUUGUUAAGCUCUCUUUGGAUUCAUCACUUAAUACUGAAGACAUCCGCCGUACCCUGUAUAGUAAAGUGGAGCGUGUUAUUCAAACCAUGUCAUUUACAGAACAAGCUGUCAUAUCGGCACUGUCUGAUAGGAUCUCCAGUCACAGAUUCAAUAAAGAUGACUUUGAGAACAGCAGGAGAGCAUUCAAGUCCAGCCCAGGCUAUGAGAUCACCUUUACCUUGCUAAACCCAGAUCCAAAAUCCCAUUACCUGAACUGGAACAUUAGUUUUUCCUCGGAGCAGUACAUCCAGCCAUUCCUGGACAAGCUGCACCCAGUGGCUAACUUCUCUGUGGACUCCCAGAUCCUGUAUUAUGCCAUACUUGGGGUCAACCCUCGCUAUGAGAGGGAUACUUCCAGCUACACCCUGAAUGCACACAAUUUGCCUCACGUCAUUAACCCUGUAGAGGCAAGACUCGGUUCCAGUGCCGCCUCUCUAUACCCUGUAUUGAAUUUUUUACUGUAUGUCCCGGAAUACUUUCAUUCUCCCCUCUACAUCCAGGACAAAGAUGGCAAAAGAGUGCCUUCCAACGCGUUUCACAGCCCACGCUGGGGGGGUAUCAUGGUAUAUAAUGUGGAUUACGGAAAUUCGGAUGAGUUGGAGUUUCCGGUACGCGUUGAUAUUGAUAUGGUGAAAGUGAUGGAGGUUUUCCUGACACAGCUGCGGCUGCUUUUGGGUAUAUCAAAGGUCUAUGUGCCCAAGAACUACCAACUUGAAAACCCCGGGAACGAAGGACUGACUGACUGGGAGCUGGAUAAACUCCUCUGGCUGAGGACUGUGGAAAACAUUGCUACAGUCACCACCACAUUGACCUCUCUGGCUCAGCUUCUGGAUGAAAUUGGGAACAUAGUGAUUAAUGACAAUGUGGCCUCAGAGGUAUACCACUCUGUGUCCUCUAUUCAGAUUGCACUGUCUGAAUUGGAAGCUGGCAGGCUGGAGAAUGCCUUUAAAGCAAGCAAAGAAGCCAUUACAUCUUCGGAGAAGGCUUUCUUUGACCCCUCACUACUUCACCUUUUGUACUUUCCAGACGAUCAGAAAUUUGCCAUCUAUAUCCCUCUAUUCUUGCCCAUGGCUGUCCCAAUCUUGCUGUCUCUGUUGAAGAUAGCAAAGGAAUACAAGUCAAGUAAAAAGGAACCUGCCAAAACUAACUGAAUAAGCUGCAUUCUCUGUACAAGUCUUCCACUGGAUUCCUCAGGAGAGGAAAGCACUGUUGACUGCAUUUAUUUAUUGAUGUAGUGUGAUAUGGAUGUCUUAAACAUGGCUGAAAACCGCAAUACACAGGCGUGUGGAAAGCUGCGACCUGCCUCUCAUCUGACUUCAGUAUUGGCUGUGUAUCCAAGUCACUACUUUUCUCCAGCAGAAUGCAUUAUUGUUUUUACUUUUUAUGGUAUGAGUGCUGUCACCAGUGAGCACGUUCCUUUUACAGCAGGUGUAUACUGCAUGCCGUUUACCUGUGAGCUUUACGUUGAUUUGAAGGGGAUGAUUUUAUGCUGAUCAAUUAGAUGGGUGUAUCUAACAAACAGAAACUGAAGGAAUAAUAAUGUUUCUGUGUGUUUGGGCUGAAUCCCAGUGCAAAUAGUUUGGAUUUAAAUACAUUUUCUAAAACAGACUUUAAAUUGUAUCUGAAGAGAAAAUGUGAAGGGAUUUUUUUUUUUUGUACACAUAUGGAAAACAUUCAUUUUCUGCUGCUUUCAGUUUUUUGGAUAUUUUAUUAAAGAAGCAUGGUCUGCUGUGGAAAAGAUGAGGAAAUAUAGUACCACAGAGAGGAACCUUGCAUUAAUGGUAACAAAAGGGAUAUUAGUUAUGAGCAUAAUAUUAAACCAGUAUUUAAAAGUACUUGCAUUCCAAACAUUCUUUUAAAUCCAAUGUCAUUUGGCUCCCUUGUUAAACAAGUUGUUGUAUUUGGUAACCCGCAAACUGUAUCUAUGUAUAGUUAUACAUUCCAUCAUUCAGCACUUUGAAAAUAAGAUGUAACUCCAAAAUCUGACUUAUUUAAUUUGAAUAAUAUGGUAUCUUCUUUCUGAAUGUAUUGAAAGACCUUUUAAAAAUCCUUUUUGUAAACAGAACUUUGUCUGUAAUUAGAAAGGACUUAAACUCUGAGCAGAACAGAAUAAAUUGCAUUUUCCGUAAA